AUGGUUAUCAUUAUUUUGGCUGCAUUACUUAGUCUAAUAAAUUGUAUAAAUAAAGGUGGAUACAAUUAUCCCUUAUUAAUUGGAUAGCCUAAUACAAUUAUGUUAUCUUAAUAUACUCCUAAAUCAAUUCAGGCUCCAUAUUAUUAGAUAGAAGAUUCUAACGAAUAUAAUUUAGAAAUAUAAUAAUCGAUUCUUCCUCUAUUUAAUCAAGUGAUAAAUUCAAGUAAAUAUCUUAUAUGCCAUCUUAGAUGAAACAUUCAUAUGUUUUAGUAAUUAUGUAAUUGAAACUGGAUUAUAUUCUAAUCAUUUUUGGGUUUUAUCUAACUCUUAAAUAUUAUCUUCAGGCAUAAUAGAUAGAAAUGGCAGCAUUAAUAUUUAAAAAAUUGAUAUCUAAUUAUACUAAUUAGGUAAAUAAAUAUUUAUAUCUAUAGAAUGUUAUUAAAUCAAUUUAAUUACUAAUACGCAAGGAGUUUUAACAUGUUUGAAUUAAACUUUAAUAACAUUUUUAAUAAUCAAUUCAACUAGUUUAGAAUAAACUAUAUAUAUCACAAAUUAAUCUGUACCUUUCUCUUAUUUUAAUUUUUAGACUACUAUCUAAACGAUUAAUUAUGUUGUAUAUUAUAUUAAUCUAUCUUAUAUGACACUAUUUAAUGCAAGAUUAGUUACAUUUAAAUAUUAUAGCAAUAACUUAGAAUUCUUAAAUUCAUAAUCAUUUUAAGGUACAUAUUACUAAAUUCAAAUCUUAUAACAGUAUUUAUUUUUAUUGGAUUCAAUAUCAAUCUAAAUAUUAGAGAUUUAAAAUUACUAAAAAGUAGGAGAUAUUUAAAUUAGUAAUUCUUAGGAUAAUCUUUAAUAUAUGGCUGUUUGUUUAGUUAAUGAUAAAUUGUUCCGUAUUGCAAUUCUAGAAACAUUAUAACUUUCAGUAUAUUAUUUCAAUCCUUAAAAUUAAAUAUAUAAGACAACAUCAAAUCCAAUCAUUAUUAACCCUUACUAAAAUUUUAUUCGAUUUGAUAUAACAUCUAAUAGUAUAUACAUAAUAACAAAUAAUUACAUUAUGAAAAUAGAUGGAGAAUUGGAACUCAACCCUUAGAACUUUCUUCCAUUAUCAUCUUGUUUUUUUUCAUCUAUUUAAUUCGAUAGAUAGAUUGUUAUAACCUAAUAAUAGCUAAAUGGGUAAUCUAUAUUUUCAACUUUCCUCAUUAAUUCUCCUUAAAUAUAAAUAACUAUUAAUUAGACAUUAACAAUAAAAAAAACAACUUAAUCAUAUUUGUUAAAAUUAUUAAUUAAAUCUUAAACCUUAUAGUAAAUUAAGGAUUAAAUUUAUAUUUGGAUUAUGCCCCAAAACUUUACUAAUUCAUAAUGUCCUAUUCCUUAUUAACAUUUCACAGAUAAUAUAUAUAUCAAUUUUCCAGAUUAGUAUAAUAUCCCUUUUACAGAAGUGUUUUAAGGUCCAAAUCUCACUUAAAAAAUUAUAUCAUUAAGUCCUUCAAUAUUAUAUGUUGAUACAACAAGCAAUUACAUUAAAUUUUCAAUGAAAUCUAAUCAAGUUAUAUUUUUAGAAAUAUGUUCUAUUUUUGAUGAUAGUGCUAUUUAUUGUUCAUAGUUCAAAAAUUAAACUAUUGAAAUUUCUUAUUGGAAUCCUUAUUUUUUUGAUUAAAAUAUUUAAAUAUCUUCAAACUCAACAUUAAAAUCUUGUUAAUGUUUUAUUUCUAAAGAAAAUAUAAAUGUUUUGAUUCAGUUAAAUAAUAUCAUUUAUAUUUAAAAAUUUAAUUUCUAAAGUUAGCCUUAGAAUUUACUUGAAUUUGCAAUGCCAAUUUAAAUACUAAGCUCAACUAUAUUAAAAUAAGUUUUAUUUAUAAUAACUGUUGAUGGAAAUCUUAUGGCCUUUACACUAUAAAAUAAUUAAACAAGUAUUUUUACUGUUUCUAAUUAUUCAUUUAAUUAUAUAUAUACUAAUUUAAAAAGUUAUCCAAACUUUUUGUUUAUAGAUAAUAAGGUUAAUUUAAUUAUUAUAUCUUAUAAAGGAUAAUAAUCUUAUGAAAUAUUAAAUUACAUUUAAUAUCCAGUUAUAGAUUAUAAUGUCAUUUAAAUAGGAAUCUUGAAGACAGGAAUUUAUAUGGCACUUUAAACUUAAGCAUAAGAUUAAUUAUAUUUUUAUCCCAUUUAAUAUUUGUAUUUUUCUAAUUCAGAAUAACUGUAUUAUCAAAUAGAUUUAUUGGGAUAUAAUUUUUAAAAUGGUUAAAUUAUCAGUUCAUAUACUUCAAUACAUUUUUAUUUAAUAUUAUAAAAUAUUAAUGGUAUAUUCUGUGCUUAUUUUUCUGGUAGUUAAUCUCCAUUUAAUUCAUUUGUAUAUGCAAAUAUGAUAUUUUUUAAUUCACAGAAUAUAUCUAUUCUAUAAAUGAGUGUAAUAUAAAAAGAAAAUUUUCACAUAGAAUUGGUUUAAUUAUUUACUAAUACAUCUUAGGCAAUAAAUGGAACUGUUUUAUAUGGUGAAUUUUAAAUGGUUCCAUAUUAUUAAGAAACAUAAUAUUCAUAUGCGGUUUCUGUUUUUUAUCAAGCAAACAAUUCAAAUUGCUCAUUAUAAAUAAAAUAAUAAGUACAUGUACUAUUUGAAAGAUCAUUAAUUACUCAAAAAUAAUUUAAUUCAGAAACCCAAAUAUUGACAAUUUAAAAUUCAACAAAAUUAACUUUAAAUCCAUCCAAUUUAUUUAAUGGAAACAUUUAGAGUUACGCAGUAUAUUGUAAAGAAUGUAGAUUGCUAAAUUUUACAUAGCCUAUAGAUUAAUUAUCCUCAUUAACAUUCAAUUUUUCAUUUUAAGCUGCUGUUAAACAUGAAGAAGUUACUUAUAUUUAAAAUAACUUUAGCUUAUAUUAAAUUAAUACAUAAUCUGGAAUUUAAAAUCAAUUAUAUAGCUUUCCUUAUUAAAAUAAUUAUUGUUAUGUUUUAUUUAUUGAUAAAUAUUCUUAAUUUCCAGUGUCUAUAUGUUCUAAUACAACAACAACUAUAUAUGCUUAUAAUAAAACAUUAAAUGGAGUUUUAAAAUAUAAUUUUUCACAAUGUUAGAACUUUUAUAAAGCUAGUUAUAAUAAUGGUGUUCUUUAAGUAUUAACAGUUAAUUAUAAACUGAUGCUUUAAACAUAUUCUUAUUAUGCCUUUUAUUUUUGGAUAAAUAAUAACACAAUUAAUUUGUCUUAAAUAUAUAAUGUUAAUAAUCUGUGUAAUAAUUCAUAUUUAGAAUUUAUCUAUAUCAAUAUGUCUAUAAAUUAUUCAACUCAACCUUGUUAAAUAUUUGGAUUUACAUCCUUAUAAAAAAGUGGCACAUAUAAUCCUAUAUUUUAUAUACUUAAAACUUGUAUUUCCUCUCAAAUUAUCUAGUAUUUUGGAUUUACAUCAGAUUUAGAAACUUAAAUAUUAAACAUUUAUUUUUAGACAAUUACAUGGAACUUAUAUUAAACUUUACCAAUCUAUUUUAAAUUCAUAUCUGACAUUUAAUAAUAUUAAAAUUCAAAAAGCAUUACAGAAAAUCUUUCAGAAUUACAAUUUAUUGUACCUUUGACAUAUAGUAUCGAAAUUUAUGGAAUCUUAUUUAAUACAACUAAAGGAACAAUAUUGGGUUUCAGAAAAAAAACAAGUUUAUUCCUUAGUUACAACUAAAAUGUUAGUGCAUAUUUUAUUUUUUAAGGAAUUCAAGGAUUGCUAAUUAAUUUAAAUUUUGAAAAUUAAACUUGUUUUACAAUCAAUGUAUAUCCUAAUUGUGAAAAGUAUGAUAUAUAUAUUUAAAUCUAGUAAUAAAAUAGAUUAGCAACCUAUACAAAUAAUCGGUCAGGAGUACCAUAUUUAAUAAAAUUAUACUUAAAACCCAUUUAUUUUUGCAGUUGUCUCAGAAAAUUAAUUAUUUCUAAAUAUAAUUUAAAACAAUUAAACCAUAAUGUAUCCUGUUCAAAAUGAGCUUAAUAUUGAUGUUGAUAUAUCUGGGAUUGAACAAGCUUAGAUAUAAAUAAUUGCAAGUAAUUAAUAGAGCAUAUCAAAAUAAACUUUAUUUUUAUUAAAUGGAGCAUACGAUUUUGUUCCAUACGAAAAAUAAAAAUAAGACAUUGGCAUAUAUAUUGGACUUUUUGUAUUUAUUUUAAUAAUAAUUAUAAUAAUAACAGUCUUAAUCUUACGUUAUUAUAAAGAUAAAAAGAGCUCAAUUACUAGUUCAAAAUAUUUUGAACUGGAAAAUAAAUAAUGA